AUGGACUCGCCUGACUUGUCCCGGAUUUCGGUGGGGCCUCUGAGUCCAGCACCGAGGAUGCAGAUUCCCGUACACCAGUUGCCACGGCUGCGGUUGCGCGCAGUGGCCCAAAUUCGAGCUCCCCGCUAUCGCGCAGAUGGAGCGUGUCCUCAACUAUCGCAACUUCCUGCUGCUCCGCUCGAAGCCUUGCGCCGAGCAGCCACAGAUGUGCUUGCGCCCUCGCGGCCAUGCGCUUCUGCACGAGCUGCGGCUGCGCGCUCGAAACUUCCAGCUGCCUCUGAGGCUCAGAGCCAAAACUCCAGCUUACCUUCGCGAACGCGAUCUCCUGGGUGCGACAGCGACCGCUCCGUCUCACUGGCAGGGGCUCGCAUUAAGCGCUCCAGACGUGCUGUAGCUUUGGAACAGCCCCCUGUGGCCAUUGUCGCUUUGCAUGGCUGCGCCGCGGCACUUUUGCCACGACGUCUUUACCUCUGCGAAGCAGACAUGCCUCAGGACACGCUUACAUGGGACGGAUGCCAAUAUUCGCGCGCAGAUUUUUUACACUAUGGCAGCAACGAUGCUGAGCGAUUCUGCAAAUAUCAAUGGGCAACGCAUAUGGCGCGGCUCUUCCUGUCAACCUGGCGCGACUUUGCCCGGACACAAGAUGCGCACAAGGAAUUGAAUGCGCUGUUGAUACUUGUGCGCAAGCAAGAAUAUCGCUCCGAUCCCGCUUUGGGUGACAUGUUGCUCCGCUACAUUUUCCGGGCAUUGCUGCUUCGCUGGACCUACCUCGGAGGUCCUUUCGCAAACUACACGUGCAGCGGAGAUGAUCGCAAAGCCCUGGAUGGCAUGGCAAUGGUGCUCCGUUGGUGCAGCGACUACUUAUGUGAGCCUAACCAGAAGCCCCGACAAGCGCAACGGCUCUUCUGGCAGCGCUACUUCGGGCAUAAAACCUUGGCAUUGGUGAUCGCGACCCAUGGCGUGCAGGACUCCCUGCAGGACUGGGCGUGCACCAUCACCAAGUUGGAAGCGGCAACUGCCUACCAUAACCGGGAAGAUCCGAGCUGCGGUUGCGCGCUCCAAGACCAAGAAAGCUCCAGAGCCUGA